AUGAAGCUGCUGCCCAGCUGGAGAGCGGUUCUGCCCGUGGGCCCGAGGUGGCCGUGGGCACAGCCACCCAGAAGAACCGUUCACACCUGUGCCUCAAAGAUGAGUGCCCAGGAGGACCCCGAGGGCCGGACCCAGCAUGACACCUCCAGCCCGGCAGCAGAGCCCCGUGCCAGGGACCCCCCGGUGGCCCUAUCCACAGAGCCCAAGUUUGACAUGUUGUACAAGAUCGAGGACGUCCCGCCCUGGUACCUGUGCAUCCUGCUUGGCUUCCAGCACUACCUGACGUGCUUCAGCGGCACCAUCGCAGUGCCCUUCCUCCUGGCCGAGGCGCUGUGUGUGGGCCGGGACCAGCACAUGGUGAGUCAGCUCAUUGGCACCAUCUUCACCUGCGUGGGCAUCACCACCCUCAUCCAGACCACCCUGGGCAUCCGGCUGCCGCUGUUCCAGGCCAGUGCCUUUGCAUUUCUGGUCCCAGCCAAAGCCAUCCUGGCCCUGGAGAGAUGGAAAUGCCCCCCAGAAGAGGAGAUCUACGGGAACUGGACCCUGCCUCUAAACACCUCUCACAUCUGGCACCCCCGCAUGAGAGAGGUCCAGGGUGCAAUCAUAGUCUCCAGCAUGGUGGAAGUGGUCAUUGGACUGAUGGGACUGCCUGGGGCCCUGCUGAGCUACAUUGGGCCUCUCACGGUCACCCCUACUGUCUCCCUCAUUGGCCUCUCUGUUUUCCAAGCUGCCGGUGACCGAGCUGGCUCACACUGGGGCAUCUCAGCGUGCUCCAUCCUCCUGAUCGUCCUCUUCUCCCAGUACCUGCGCAACUUCACCUUACUGCUGCCUGUCUACCGCUUCGGCAAGGGCCUCACUGUUUUCCGUGUCCAGAUAUUCAAGAUGUUUCCUAUUGUGCUGGCCAUCAUGACCGUGUGGCUGCUCUGCUACAUCCUGACCCUGACCGACGUGCUGCCUGCAGACCCCACAGCCUACGGCUUCCAGGCACGGACAGAUGCCCGCGGGGACAUCAUGACUAUCGCACCCUGGAUCCGCAUCCCCUACCCCUGUCAGUGGGGUCUGCCCACAGUGACCGCAGCUGCCGUCUUGGGAAUGUUCAGUGCCACACUUGCCGGCAUCAUCGAGUCCAUCGGAGAUUACUAUGCCUGUGCCCGCCUGGCUGGAGCACCGCCCCCUCCAGUUCAUGCUAUCAACAGGGGUAUCUUCACCGAAGGCAUCUGCUGCAUUAUAGCAGGGAUUCUGGGCACUGGCAACGGAUCCACCUCGUCCAGCCCCAACAUCGGCGUCCUGGGGAUUACCAAGGUGGGCAGUCGGCGCGUGGUGCAGUAUGGUGCGGGUAUCAUGCUGAUUUUGGGCACCAUCGGCAAGUUUACUGCCCUCUUCGCCUCACUCCCUGACCCCAUCCUGGGGGGCAUGUUCUGCACCCUGUUUGGCAUGAUCACGGCUGUGGGACUGUCCAAUCUGCAGUUCGUGGACAUGAACUCUUCCCGCAACCUCUUUGUGCUCGGAUUCUCCAUGUUCUUCGGGCUCACCCUGCCCAACUACCUGGACUCCAACCCCGGUGCCAUCAACACAGGCAUUCCUGAAGUCGACCAGAUACUAACUGUGCUGCUGACCACGGAGAUGUUCGUGGGUGGAUGUCUUGCUUUUAUCUUGGACAACACGGUGCCAGGAAGCCCAGAGGAGCGAGGGCUGAUCCAGUGGAAGGCUGGAGCCCACGCCAACAGCGAGACAUCUGCCAGCCUUAAGAGCUACGACUUCCCCUUUGGAAUGCGCAUGGUGAAAAGGACUGACUUUCUGAAAUACAUUCCUAUCUGCCCAGUCUUCAGAGGAUUUUCUUCAAGGUCAAAAAACCAACUUACAGUACCAGUUGACACUUCAGAAAAUAUAGACCCUGGAUCUGUGUGCACGAAGGUCUGAAAUACUACUCCCAUGGAAGGAAGCAUUGUAUGUAACAGGAAAAGAAACCUACAUGGGAAGUCAGAAGAACUAAGUCGGAAUCCCAGCUCUGCCCCAUGUAAGCCUGGAUAAGUCUGGGACUCCUUUUGCAUCAGUUAAAAAAAGAAAAAUGGGCCAAGUCUGUUUUUGAGAUUUGUGCCACUGUUAUUAAGUCUUCACUUUCAUAUAUAAUUGUUAGUCCAUAGGAAUAAACUGAGAAAUCUUUCUUUAUUGCACGUAGUAGUACUAGUUAGUAGAGACAAAAAGAAACCAGGAAGAGGUAUAAAAUGCAGAUCCUUACAUUGAAUCUGACCCCAUUACUACAAGAUGCAAAGCAUAUUAAACAUGUUGGAGCAAAAAGUUUAGUUUCAUAAUUUAUAUAUGUGUAUAUAUAUAUAUGUAUAUAUAUAUAAUCAUUUUCUUAGAACAUCUUCCUUUUAAAUGAAGAAAGUGUUCUUAAUGUGUAAUCUUUUGGCAGUUGCACAAAAGAAUCAGAAGGAAUUAACUCAACCAGAGGUCCAAGAGGACAGUGCAGGGAUUAAGGUGCUUGCUUUGUAUCUGGCUGACCCUAGUCAGAGUCACCAGCAUCACAUAAUCUUCCUGAGCACUGUCAGGAACUACUCCUAAGCACAUAGUGAGGAACAGCACUGGGUGUGCUCCUAACUUCCCCUGCCCAAAGAGUGAUCUGAACAAAGCAGUUUCUAUACAACAGCAUUAUAUCGGGUCCAAAUUAAAGUUAGACAUUAUGGCCAACAAAAAGCAUUAUUCAAGGGGCUGGAGCGAUAGCACAAUGGGUAGGACGUUUGCCUUGCACGCGGCCAACCUGGGUUCGAAUCCCAGCAUCCCAUAUGGUCCCCGAGCACUGCCAGGGGUAACUCCUGAGUGCAGAGCCAGGAGUAACCUCUGUGCAUCGCCAGGUGUGACCCAAAAAGCAAAAAAAAAAAAGCAUUAUUCAAGACGAUCAAAUUUGUCUGUAGACUAACAUAGUGAGAAACUAAACAGAUCCCAACAGUCAGAUCGCACAUCUGCGCAACUGGAUUACUGUUUUUACUGGGUUGUCCUAACAAAGGCUAAGCCAUACUGUCAACUUCAGCAUUCUGAAAUGACGUGGCUUCCAAAUGUUUGAUAGGGCAAACUGGCUGUGUAAAGUUACCUGGGUUGAUUUAAAAAAUUGACAUGCUUUGGGGCUAGAGAGAGAGCUCAAAAUACGAGAGUGCAGGCCUGGUCUCCUGAGCAACAAACUACUUGAUUUAAGACAUUUAAGGCUAAUUAUUACCAGGAGUAGUCCUGGGCCUACUGAGCACUGUUUCGGAGACUUCUCAGUCCCAUAGCAAAAAUAAAUAAAGUUUAGGAUUGAUUUUUCAGAUCUGUCAUGUAAUUAACGAACUUUUUUGGAAUCCAGGGGUCCUACACCUCACAGUGCUCAGGGCUUCGCUGCCUGAAAGGCAAGUGCCUAAACCUCUGUACUAUUAUUUCUGUAGUCCUAAGGAACUUAUUUUUAAUGUCUCAUUGGUAAUUGUAAAGUUGGGCUACGAAACCAUGGUCUAGUGAACAUAAAACUGCCAAAAAUAUGUCUCUUCGCAUGGUAAAUUCCAAAUAACAAUCGCAUAGCGUAUAGUAGCAAAUAGAGAUUUUAAAUAUGGAGAGAAAUGUUUAAAAGGAAAUUUUAACUUUUUUGGUUUGUUUUUGGGCCAUACUCAGCGGUGUUCAGAGCUUACUCCUGGCAGGCUUGGGGGACCAUCAUAUGAGGUCACUAACUGCUGUACUAUCACUCCAGUCCUAUAAAUUAUUUUUUAGUUUUAGUAAAGGAUUCAUUAGAUUCUAUCCCAGUACUAAUGUUUAGUUAUCACAAUUCCUGAAAAACCUAAUUUUACUGCAAGUGACAUCACCAAUGAAACAGAACUAAAAAUGCAAAUAGGUUAUAGCUAAGGAACUUACUACAUAUGUCAAGAAUCCUUAUUAUUACCAAAGUUCCAAAUGGAGUUAGGUGAAAAUAAAAAUCCCGGGACAGGGAAAAAGAAAAAUAUCUAAAUCUUUUAGAAAAAUUUUUUUGUAGCUUUCAUGAAAUGUAUUAAGACAAAGAGCAAUCUCUACCAAACUACUUUUGUGUAAGUCAGUCACAUAAGAUACACUGGAUACUUUCCUGGAUUAAUUUAAGACAUCUAAGUACCAAGGGGAAAACUUAUCAAGACUAAAAAUAAUGGUGGGGGCUGGAGCAACAGCACAACGGGUAGGGCGUUUGCCUUGCAAGCGGCCAACCUGGGUUCAUUCCCAGCAUCCCAUAUGGUCCCCUGAGCACCGCCGCCAGGGGUAAUUCCCAAGUGCAGAGCCAGGAGGAACCCCUGUGCAUUGCUAGGUGUGACCCAAAAAAAAAAAAAAAAAUUUAAAAAGUCAGUAAGUCUGGUGGGGGGUGCUCAAUCGAAUACCAUUUACUGUGCUACCGACAUUCCAAUUUCUAAAUGAUAAAUCAAAGUCCUUUGCUUUCUUCUUAAUAAAUAGCAUGAUUUCUGAAGGCGAAUACAAAACUCUUAAAUAAAUGGCUAGUGUUAUUUCCACUUACAGAAAAUGAGCUAGGUUUUAAAAAGAGGAAAAAUAGG